AUGAAGUUUGCUUCCGUCCUCGCCGGCUCUCUCCUUGCCAGCGCUGCUCUGGCUGCUCCUCUCACCGAGAAGCGUCAAGCUCGCCACGAAGCUCGUCGCGCCAACAAGCAGCGUCACAGCAACCCUCCCCUCGUCCCCGGCACCACCAAGGAGGUCCUCAAGCUCACCAACACCACCCAGGCCCAGUACAGCUCCAACUGGGCCGGUGCCGUUCUGAUCGGCUCCGGCUACACCACCGUCUCCGGCGAGUUCACCGUCCCCAGUGUCUCUGCGCCAAGUGGCGCCGGUGGCUCCGGCUCCGGGGAGGAGUCCUGCGCCUCUGCCUGGGUCGGCAUUGACGGCGACACCUGCGAGACUGCCAUUCUCCAGACCGGUGUCGACUUCUGCUACCAGGGCGGCCAGGCCUCCUACAGCGCCUGGUACGAAUGGUACCCCGACUAUGCCUAUGACUUCAGCGGUAUCUCCAUCUCCGAGGGUGACUCCAUCAAGAUCACUGUUGAGGCCUCCACCGAGAGUACUGGAACUGCCACCGUCGAGAACCUCACCAAUGGCCAGUCCGUCACCCAUAAAUUUACCGGAAGCACCCAGGGCGACCUCUGUGAGACCAAUGCUGAAUGGAUUGUCGAGGAUUUCGAAUCCAAUGGCUCUCUUGUUUCUUUCGCUGAUUUCGGAACGGUUACUUUCACUAAUGCCGAGGCCACCAGCAACGGCAGGACUGUUGGUCCCUCUGGUGCUACCAUCAUGGAUAUUCGGCAGAAUGACCAGGUUCUGACUGAGGCCUCUGCGUCUGAUGAUUCGGUCACUGUUAGCUACGUCUAG